AUGGCUGAUGCCAUCACAUACGCAGACCUGCGCUUUGUGAAAGUGCCCUUGAAGAACAGCGUAUCUAACCAUUUAGGACAGGACUGUGAGGCCUACGAGGAUGGGGAACUCACCUAUGAGAACGUGCAAGUGUCUCAAGUCCCAGGAAGGCCACCAGGCUUGGCUUCCCCCGCACUAGUGGACAAAGCAGGGGUCGGGUCAGAGCAACCAACUACAUCCUGGAGCUCCGUGAAGUCAUCUGCUCUCAGGCAGAUUCCCAGCUGUCCUACAGUCUGCUUGCAGUACUUCUUGCUUGGCCUUCUCCUGGCCUGUCUGAUGUUAGGGGUGGCUGUCAUCUGCCUGGGAGUCCAUUACCUGCAGGUGUCUCAGCAGUUCCAGGAGGUGACCAGGAUUUGGGAAGCCACCAACGGUAGCUUGCAGCAGCAGCUCAGGGAGAAGAUUAGUCAGCUGGGGCAGAAGGAGGCAGAGCUUGAGGAGUCGCAGAGAAAGCUGACCUCCAGUCAGGACACAUUAAAGGAGAAGCAGAAGACUCAUGAGGGCACUGAGCAGCAACUACAGGCCUGCCAGGAUGAGAGAGAGAAGACAAAGGAGAAGUUGAAAAGUGAGGAGCAGCAGAGGCGGGACCUGAACCAGAGGUUGAUGAGCAUGCAGGAUAGGCUGAAGAGCAUGCGGGACACACUGAGGCGCUCGUCCUCCUGUUCAUCAGACACCUGCUGUCCAUGUGGAUGGAUUCAGCAACAGAAAAGGUGCUUUUACGUCUCACAUGCCCUCAGGAGUCUGGAGGAGAGCCAAAAAUACUGUGAAUCUCUGUCUUCCAAACUGGCUGCACUCACCGAACCUUUUAAGUAUCAACUUUCUCUGCCCAGCAGAUUAAAGGAGUUGCUAGAUGGUUCAUCACCAGAUGGUUCAAAGUCAUAUUGGACCCAGCAGACGAGCCAUAUUGAAGAUAAUCCACAAAAUGGGAAGAAGAGGAGGUCUGAAUCUUCUCAAAACUCAUGUGAGCUGAUAAAAAACUAUUACAAGUCAUGGUGGAAAAAAAAUGAUUCCAAGUGUACAGAGCGUCACCCCUGCAUUUGUGAGAUGGAGGCCUUCCGGUUUCCUGAGGAGAUCCAUCUGAACUGAAGUGGACACUUGAACAAGACCAUGUGAUCUACAUCCUUAACCUACGGCCGGCCAAUUCUUCAGACUGC